GUGCUGUACCUGCAGUACGGAGACGAGACCAAGCAGAUCCGGAUGCCCAAUGAAAUCACCAGUGGAGACACCAUCAGGGCUCUGUUUGUGAGUGCCUUCCCCCAGCAGCUCACCAUGAAGAUGCUGGAGUCUCCCAGUGUGGCUGUCUAUGUCAAAGACGACAUGAGGAACAUGUACUACGAGCUCACCGACGUCAGGUAAAUGGGUGUGUUUUUUUUGUCCAGUACCAGUGGAAAGUUCAACUGUGGACGAUUUCAUGUGUUUUGACACGUUUCAUCGCUGCUCAGUUGGCAGGACAAAAGGAACGGAAAAUAACCCAUAAACAGUCUUGUUUGUUCCAGAGCCGCAGAUUUAAAGUGAGUGAGUGAGCUGUAGCCAAGGUGGCCACAUUCUGUCUGUCUUCUCCUCUCUGUGCACUAAGUGACUCUUUGCACAGGCACAUGUAGCUUUAGCAUUAGUUAAGAAGUCGUCUCUGUUCUUUUGAGUUUUACAGAGGGGUAUGACUCGUAAGACAACAGUGACAAGGGUUUCUUGCCCUCACAGUCAUGCCCACACACAGUCACAUCAUCAAUCACCUUCACCUAGUUAGCCCACAUCCUGGUACUACAUAAAAUCCAACAAUACAUAUAAGUUACUAUUCAAUACCCAGGACAAUGAACUGACAGUGCAUACAGGACCUGUUUUUACAUUUACAUUUAAAAUAUUAAAUAUUUAAAUGUCUGUAGAAUACAGGCUUACAGCAAAUGGGCGAUUAUACUCAAUUUUAAACACAGGAUUUGGGAGGAUGGGCUCGUGGGGAGGAUGGGCUCGUGGUAAUGGCUGGAGCGCAAUGAGUGGAAUGGUAUCAUUCCAUUUGCUCUGUUCCAGCCAUUAGUAUGAGCCAUCCUCCCCUCAGCAGCCUCCUGUGAUUUUGAAGGCUCAAUGGGAAAAACAAGUAUUCUGGCUCUAUCUCUAUCUGUAGUGUUCUUGCGGUGGUGUGAUGUGUACUUUGUGACUAGCUCUAACCUUUUUUAUCAGGGCUGUAAAAGUGAUCACAUGUUCAUUCCUUGCUGGCUGGCUCAGUAGUAGAGGGCACAUGAGCAAUAAUUGACACGGAAAACAAAGACGAGAUGUAGCUUUAUUGAUUUAUUUGAGGGAUACUUUUCACCGUAACACCACUGGACACGUUUUGGGCCUAUUGGACACAACACCAUGAUGGCUCAUUACAGCCAGUACAUCAGACUGUGGACUGUGUAUGACAUAGACAUGUCAGCGUGUACGCCAAUGUCUGGGUAUAGGGGACCGCUGUCCAAUAGUGAUAUAUUCUGGGCUCCUCAUUUCCCUCUGGACGUUUCUCCCUCCCCCUACAGGAAUAUCACGGAUCACUCCUGCCUGAAGGUGUACCACAAGGACCCAGCACAGGCCUUCAGUCACGGCCCCAGACCCACCAACGUUGACACCAGGGUGAGUACUGACCCAUCUGAGGAGCAUCUAUACUGGGAUACUGAACCAGGUGAGCCCCUGGUCUAA